GGCAUCUGUUAUUUGAUGCCGGGCUGAGCCACACGCCCCUCCUUUCUUUACUCACCUUUGGAGAUUCUACUCCAUUAUUUAUCUCCCCGUUUUCGUCACCCACUUCACCAAUAGAAGGAAGUCGAUAGUGCGGCUAGCCGGAGAAGAGAGUGGCAGUGGCCCUGGUGGAGAUAAACUGUUUGGAAACUUUACUCAACAUUUGUACUGCAUUUGUUCGCACUUGGUACUAUCCGCAGUACAUCUCUAAUCCCAAGUACUGUUUAAUCGAAGAAUUUCCAAAUCACAUUGGCAAAGUUCGGUUCUUGUUGGAUAAGUAGAAGAGGAAGAGAGGGAGGAGGAGCAUGCCACAUACUUGGCUGUCUGCUUGAAAGCGGGAAACCCAGGUAAGAUUUUCUCCCAAGUAAUGAAAUUGGUACAGAAGAUAGUAUAUUUGUGGCUGAAAGUAUAGCAUCUGCGAGCUUUUAUAAGGAAGAUAAAGGAUACUGCCCGGAUUGCUCGCACUAAUAUGGCUGAUACCAAGGAGAUUCGGGAGAUCAAUAAAGGAGAGGACUUGGAAGAGGCUAUGGAGGCUGUGACCUCAGAUCUUAAACAAACUCCUCAUUGGAGGGAGCAACUUACACUGCGAGGCAUAGUCGUCAGCUUCGCAAUUGGGAGCUUAUACAGCGUUAUUGUGAUGAAGCUUAACCUCACCACUGGUCUCGUGCCGACGUUGAAUGUGUCAGCUGCUCUCCUUACCUUCGUCCUCCUCAGAACCUGGACCAAAGUCCUUGGAAAAGCUGGCAUCAUGUCGAAGCCGCUCACUUGUCAGGAGAGCACCGUGGCUCAGACCUGUGCUGUGGCUGCAUACACCAUUGCUUACGGAGGUGGGUAUGGGUCUUAUUUGUUGGGGCUGAGCAAGAAAAUUUAUGAAGAAGCAGGGGUUGGUGUGGAUGGAAACAUGGCAGGGAGCUACAAGGAGCCUGGGAUUGGUUGGAUGACUGGGUUUUCAUUUACUGUUAGCUUUGUCGGGAUCUUUAUUUUGGUUCCACUCAGGAAGAUGCUAAUCAUUGACUACAAAUUACCUUAUCCAAGUGGCACUGCAACUGCUGUUCUAAUUAAUGGUUUCCACACAUCCAAAGGGGACCAAAUGGCCAAGAAACAGGUGCGUGGUUUCAUGAAGUACUUCACAGUAAGCUUUCUGUGGAGCUUCUUUCAGUGGUUUUUCUCGGGAGGAGAUGCCUGUGGCUUCGCUCAGUUCCCAACUUUUGGCCUUAAAGCUUAUAAGAACACAUUCUUCUUUGACUUCAGCCUGACUUACAUUGGAGCAGGGAUGAUCUGCUCCCAUAUUGUAAACAUUUCUCUAAUUCUAGGAGCAGUACUUUCAUGGGGAAUUAUGUGGCCAUCGAUAAAGAACCUGGAAGGGGAUUGGUUCCCUGCUAACAUUCCUCAAAGCAGUAUGAAAAGCUUGCAAGGAUAUAAGGUUUUCUUAUCUAUUGCUCUUAUUCUCGGAGAUGGCCUGUACAAUUUCGUCAAGAUUAUGUCUAUCACGUUGAGUAGCAUGCUUUCCAGAUACAAGCAGAAGAAAAGCAAAACAGCGCCUACAGAUGAUAAUCUAUUACUAGAUGAACUUCAAAGAAAUCAACUGUUUGCAAGAGAAACCAUGCCAUCAUGGGUUUCAUUCGCCGGCUUUGCAGUAUUAACCACAAUUUCCAUCAUUGCCAUCCCCCACAUGUUUUCACAGGUUAAAUGGUAUUACAUUAUCAUUGCUUACACCCUCGCUCCGGUUCUUGGAUUCUGCAAUGCCUAUGGAACUGGCCUUACAGACAUGAACAUGGCUUACAACUAUGGUAAGGUAGCUCUCUUCAUCAUUGCAGCUUGGGCAGGAAAGGACUCAGGUGUGGUUGCUGGUCUAGUAGUGUGUGGUGUAAUAAAGGCCGUGGUGUACAUGUCUGCUGAUCUGAUGCAUGAUUUCAAAACCGGUCAUCUCACUCUCACCUCCCCACGAUCAAUGCUCAUUAGCCAGAUCAUUGGAAUAGCAAUGGGUUGUAUCACUGGCCCUCUCUCAUUCUUUCUAUUCUACAAGGCUUUCGAUGUAGGGAACCCUGAUGGAAUCUUCAAGGCUCCUUAUGGUUUGGUGUAUCGAAAUAUCGCCGUACUAGGAGUCCAAGGCUUCUCAGCACUUCCUCGACAUUGCCUGCAGCUUUGCUGUGGCUUCUUCAGCUUUGCUGUUGCAGCAAACAUAAUGAGGGAUAUAUUGCCAAAGAGGUUAGGGAAGUGGGUACCAUUGCCAAUGGCCAUGGCAGUUCCUUUUCUCGUCGGUGCCAAUUUUGCAAUCGACAUGUUUAUUGGAACUGUGAUAGUAUUUGUGUGGCACAAACUUAAUAACCAGAAGGCAACAUUGAUGAUACCAGCUGUGGCUUCUGGUUUAAUCUGCGGUGAUGGAGUUUGGGUUCUUCCUUCAUGUUUGCUUGCCUUACUUAAGAUCAAGCCCCCAAUUUGCAUGUUGUUCGUGAAUUCUUAAGGUGCCAAAGUGAAGGAUAUAUUGAGUUGUUUAGUUAAUGUUUCAGCUGAAGAAUCAGAAUAAAGCACCAAGUAUCCGAUAUAUAUGAUGAAGCGAUUGUAAAUUGAAUUCAGAUAUUUCAGCGUGCAAUAAUAAGCAAUUUUUCUGAGCUAGCAAAUAAGCGGCUGACAAAGCUUGGUUUCUUAUACCUCGGAGAAAAAUAAAGUAAAAUAUGUUGUAAAGGAGAAUAUUACAUAAGAACAUUUUGAUUUGCUUCAUAUGAGAAAAUGUUUACCUUGACUUGGAUAGUCCUUGUUCUAGCAAGCUAAUAAUAUUUCCCUUUUUACUCUUUA